AUGGCACCACUAGAGAAAUUUCAAUACGUGGCCUUAUCGAAUCCAAAAACCGAGUUAAGACUACUCAGAAUCCUUGAAGCGGAUGAAGGUGGCACUGACGGCCUGAAUUGCGAACUUACAACAUGGCCCAUCAAAUCCUCACCAACUUUCCAUGCCAUUUCGUACACUUGGGGCAACACAAAAAUCACUAAACCCAUUGUCAUCAACGGCAAGCAAGCUUUUGUGGGAGAAAAUUGCCACUAUGCCCUGAAACAGGCACACUCGAGUGGCCUCAACCCUGGUGGCGACUAUUACCUUUGGAUAGACUCCAUCUGCAUCAACCAGGAGGACAUCAAGGAGAAGAACGAGCAAGUCAAGGGUAUCAGCGCCAUCUACGAACAUGCCGAUAUCGUCCUUGCUUGCGUGGGCGAGGCCGCCGAUGAAAGUCAUUUCUUCUGCGAGUACCUCCUAAAACAUGCGGUCAAACUCACUUACUACAGUGACAAAUGGCGUACCAAACAAUCCGUUGAUUCUUUGUUUGGCCAACUGAUGGCAAAUCGAGAACUUGGUAUCAACUCACCGGACCGAGGAAAGCUCUUCUCGGCAUUCCAGGCCUUCGUUAACCGGCCGUACUUCACCCGCGUCUGGAUAUUGCAGGAACUCUUCAUGGCCAAAAACAUUAGCAUGUGCUGUGGCGAUGAUGUUGUGCCGCUGCAAGCCCUCGACGGGUUUCGCGUCAUCAUCUGUCAAGCGGCUGCCCGUGGAAUGUUCCCAGGGUGGUGGGCUGAUUUCAGAUCUGCGCUCCAGGCAAUUAAUCCCUGGAAAGAAAACAAUGCCAGUAGUCGCCUUACAAACAUUCUCAACUACAAUUUUGCUCAACACCACAUGGACCUCGCCACCCGCCCCAACACCAAACUGCUACCCCUCGGGGAGGCGGCGGAGAUCACCUUUGGAUUGGAUUGCCAGGAUCCGAGGGACAAGGUUUAUGCUCUUUCUGCUCUGAUCGACUGGGGAAAAGUAGAACCCAUCCAAGCCGACUACUCCAUCGAGCUUUUUGCUCUCGCAAUCGACGUCUUCUUGAAAAUUGCACAGCUGGAAAUCAUAGGGGGCUCGCCCGAGUUCUACGACCCCAGAAUGGAGCUUAUUCCUGCUCUGGGGCUGACCACCCAGACGGCAGAGGUUGCAGAAAGGCUCCGCCAAAGACGCUCACCAAAUCCCGAUAUUUCCCGUCCUGCCUGGUACACGAGCGACCGAGUAUCAUAUCUCAAGAAACAUAGUGCUUUUUGGUUAGCUUGGAAGAUAAUAUACGACGACGAACACGGCUGGAGACUAGAAUGCAACAGGCCCAUCUCGUUGGACCCGGCUUUCGACGAAUCCAAGCGCCAAAAGGGGUUGAUACAGGUACAUAUGCGUGUAAAGAACGUCCGGGUUUCGGUAUGCCUCCCGCCAAGCGUCCAGCACGGUGACUACCUCCUAGCCCAAGGCCGUUUCACAGCCUCUAUAGGGAGUGAGAACUGGCUAGGCGUGGUGGCCCGACCCAACUCCGACUCGCCGCGUUGCGAUGUUGUUGGGAAAGCCAUCAUAGAGGGAAACCUGGGAAGUGACACCAUUACCAUCCGUUUUGGGACUCUGCAGGGCGGCGUGAUGUUUGAUCCCGAGGACCUGGUCAUCUUCACCGCUGCCGAGCAGCAGUAUCCGUCUUGGGAAGGAGUUGGGGAGGCGGCGAGGGCCGAGUUUCUCAGCACGAGGGUGUGCAGAGCACCUGGCUCAUCGUUUGCUAUUGUGGACUCCCUCUUAGAAUAUAUCUCCCUCCUGAAGAAGGAAAAGGAGUUACUCUCUGAGGGCUGGAAUAGAGGUGCCGACUCUGAUCAGAAAGACGGAACCGCGCCUACGGGUGACAGGUGA